CAGGAGAGGAUCCAAGACGAAAGUUGUCAGCCUGAAGGUAGAGGAGGAACAUAACAACAAAGCAUUUGGACUGGAGAAACUAAGCGUUUCGCUUGUUUUUUUUUUCUCCCUGAGUGGGAUUUGUGUCACGCCUUUGUGAAGUGUUGACUUGCUUGGCUCUCGUACAGACGCAGUGAAGUUAGAUUCUGUAGAUUUUUUUUGGCAUUCCAAAGGUGUGAGAGGGGGAAGUGGGCCGGCUGGAGCGGAGGGAGGAGCUGCUGGGCUCUGCAUGUCUGGGCUCCUUUCAGAUGACACCUGAGAGAGGAUCCAAGAUGCCCACAAACUUCACAGUGGUAAAAGUGGAGGACGUAGGGGAUGGGAGCAACACUGGAGCUGCAGCUGGAGAGAGCAGACCCAUCAGUCUGGACAAUGUCUUCCAAGAAGAAAGGGAUGUUGACAACUCCCAGGAACCCGAGUCAGAUGAAAGUCACAAGGAGUCCACGCCAUUCAUUAACUCGAACAAUGAUGAGGGUCGCAUUUAUGAAGGCAAGAACAUGGCCCUGUAUGAGGAGGAAAUUGACUCCACCCCCAUGGUAGCGUCUCUUCUCAGCAAGCUGGCCAACUACACCAACCUCACCCAGGGCGUUCGUGAGCAUGAGGAGGCUGAGGAUGGAGUCAGAAGGGUUGCUGUCAUGGUUCCGCAAAUGGGCACUUUCAUAGGGGUUUAUCUGCCCUGCAUGCAGAACAUUUUAGGUGUGAUCCUCUUUCUCCGCCUUACCUGGAUCGUCGGCACAGCAGGGAUCCUGGAAUCUUUCGCCAUCGUCUCCAUGUGCUGCAUCUGUACCUUGCUCACCGCCAUAUCAAUGAGUGCCAUAGCAACUAAUGGAGUUGUCCCAGCUGGCGGUUCGUACUACAUGAUCUCCAGAUCAUUGGGUCCAGAAUUUGGAGGAGCAGUGGGUCUCUGUUUCUACCUGGGGACCACCUUCGCUGGAUCACUGUACAUACUGGGCACCAUAGAGAUCCUGCUGAUGUACAUUGUUCCAACAGCGACAGUCCAUAAAGACAACAUGCGCGUCUACGGGACGUGCUGCCUUCUCCUGAUGGCUCUGGUAGUGUUUGUUGGGGUGAAGUAUGUGAACAAACUGGCUUUGGUGUUUCUUUCCUGUGUGGUUCUCUCCAUCAUGGCCACAUAUGCAGGAGCCAUCAAGACAUUAAUUGAGCCGCCAGAGUUUAGCGUUUGUCUGUUGGGGAAUCGUUCCCUGAAGAAUGAAAUAUUUCCAUCAUGCGCAAAGACGGAAGUUGUGAAAAACAUCUCUGUCACCACGGACCUGUGGAAGCAUUUCUGUGACAGUGAAUACAGCAAUGCGACCUGCGAUGAGUUUUUCACCUUAAACAACCUGACAGAAAUUCCAGCCAUACCUGGGCUUCUGAGCGGAGUUAUCAAAGACAACUUGUGGAGCAACUAUGGUCCAGCCAACAUGGAGAUAGAGAAGAAAGAUUUGCCUUCCCAAUCUCCUCAGAUCCCAUCUAAUGACAGAAAUCAGUACUUUGUCUUCAGUGACAUCGCCACAUACUUCACAUUGUUGGUUGGGAUAUACUUCCCUUCCGUCACAGGCAUCAUGGCUGGUUCGAACAGAUCUGGUGAUCUCAGAGAUGCUCAGAGAUCCAUCCCAAUAGGAACUAUACUGGCCAUUCUCACCUCCUCUUUCCUCUAUAUGACGUUUGUGGUGUUGUUUGGAGCCUGCAUCGAAGGAGUUGUGCUGAGAGACAAGUUUGGUUUCUCUGUAAAAAAGACCCCAGUGAUUGGUGUCCUCGCCUGGCCAUCCCCAUGGGUUAUUGUGAUUGGCUCGUUUUUCUCUUGCUGCGGUGCGGCGUUGCAGAGCCUGACCGGUGCCCCCCGUCUGCUGCAGGCCAUCGCCCGUGAUGGCAUCAUCCCUUUCUUACAGGUCUUUGGUCAUGGCAAGAGAAACGGCGAGCCCACCUGGGCUCUUUUGCUCACAGUUGGGAUUUGUGAGAUAGGGAUCCUCAUUGCCUCUCUGGAUGAAGUGGCUCCCAUCCUAUCCAUGUUUUUCCUCAUGUGUUAUCUGUUUGUCAACCUGGCCUGUGCUGUUCAGACUUUGCUCCGUACACCCAAUUGGAGACCACGCUUUAAGUUCUAUCACUGGACUCUGUCCUUCUUAGGCAUGAGUCUCUGCCUCUCCCUCAUGUUCAUCUGCUCCUGGUAUUACGCCCUGAUUGCCAUUGUGAUCGCCGGCUGUAUAUACAAAUACAUCGAAUACAGAGGAGCUGUGAAGGAGUGGGGGGAUGGGAUAAGAGGUCUGUCCUUAAACGCGGCUCGUUAUGCUCUCAUUCGCCUGGAAGAGGCACCACUGCACACCAAAAAUUGGAGGCCACAGGUGUUGGUGUUGUGCAAACUGAACGCUGACCUUGAAGUGAAGCACCCUCGUCUCCUGUCCUUCACCUCACAGCUCAAAGCGGGCAAAGGACUUACCAUCGUCUGCUCGGUCCUGGAGGGGACAUACAUGACCCGCAAGGAGGACGCCAAUCUGGGAGAGACGAAAAUGAAAGUCACCAUGGCUGCAGAGCGAACCAAGGGCUUCUCCCAUGUUAUUGUGUCAUCCAGCCUGCGAGAUGGGUUUUCUAUCCUGAUCCAGUCAGCGGGGCUGGGGGGGAUGAAACACAACGCCGUCCUGAUGGCCUGGCCGGCAGGCUGGAGGCAGGCCAGGGACUCCCUUGCUCGAAGAAAUUUUAUAGAGACGGUGAGAGAGACGACGGAAGCCAACCAGGCUCUGCUGGUCGCAAAGAACAUCGACCAUUUCCCCAAAAACCAAGAGCGCCUGAAGGAGGGCGCGAUUGACGUGUGGUGGAUCGUCCAUGACGGUGGACUCCUCAUGCUGCUGCCCUUUUUACUCAUGCAGCACAAGGUGUGGAGGAAGUGCAAAAUGCGCAUCUUCACGGUGGCCCAGCUGGACGACAAUUCCAUCCAGAUGAAAAAGGAUCUGCAGGUGUUUCUGUACCACCUGCGCCUCGACGCAGAGGUGGAGGUGGUGGAGAUGCACGACAGUGACAUCUCCGCGUUCACAUACGAGAAGACGCUGAAGAUGGAGCAGAGGUCGCAAAUGCUGAAAGAGAUGCAGCUGUCCCGCACUGAGAGGGAGAGAGAGAUUCAGAGCAUCACAGACGUGUCGCGUGGCUCCAUUAAGAGGAGGAAGUGGCCUGUUGUUGACUCGCCGCUCAACACUCAGAGCAUCCCAGAGGAUGAGGCGCAGCUGAUUCACGACCGGAACACGGCAUCCCACUCUGUAACCAAUGAGAAAGCGGCCGGAGCCACGCCUGAUCGUGUCCACAUGACGUGGACAAAAGACAAGCUGCUCAAUGAGAGGAACAAGCACAGAGAAGGCAUGGCUGUUAAGGACAUGUUUAAUAUGAAGCCUGAAUGGGAGAAUCUCAACCAGUCGAAUGUGCGGCGGAUGCACACAGCUGUGAAGCUGAAUGAGGUGGUGGUGAAGAAAUCCAAAGAUUCCCAGUUGGUUCUGCUCAACAUGCCAGGCCCGCCAAAGAACAAAAAGGGCGACGAGAACUAUAUGGAGUUCCUGGAAGUUUUAAUGGAAGGCCUGGACCGUGUCUUGUUGGUCCGUGGAGGAGGCCGGGAGGUCAUUACUAUCUACUCUUAGCGUCAUGUAGCUUUUAAUCAUUUUACAUUUGGAGAAAACCAAGUGGGGCAGAGUGACCCCCAGGUAGGAAGGGAACAAACGCCACGGCACUACUGAUGGGGGCAAAAGUCUCCUUCCACACUGACAGAGGGGAAACACACAACCAGUUAUAGCUAAUGCUUUGGUGCUAUGAUCUUGCUGUAGAGGAACGGAGAUUUUCUACAGCGCGACCUGAGCUCAGUGUGCCCUGUUUGUAAAGACAGCUCCCCAUCACUCCUGGCUUUGUUGCUGUUGUCACUCUGCCAUCAUGUGGCCACCCUGGGAAAAGGUCCUUUCUAAAGACGCUUUCUGAAAGACUUGCAGUUUCAUGUCAACAGUGUAUGAUCAUUAAUGGCCAUUUUCCAAGAGAACGUCUUGCUGCUUGCAACCACCACUGACUGAUGUCUCAGUGAAAUGGAGGCGAAAUGAACAUUUGUUUUUAUUUAUUUUGGCGACUGUUCCGAGUGUGCCGUUUUUUUCUCGGAAAUGUAUGAAACUCACUAAGGUUUUCUAUUAAAGGAACCAAAUGAGGAAAUAUUAAUGAUGAGCUAAUCAAUAGUUUGUGUUUGUUAAUUCAUCGCCACUGUUCCUGUUGUCUUUGUUAACUAUGUUGUUGUUGUUGUGACUGUGCAGACUCUGAUAAGUAAGAAAAUUGAAUUGCAGCAUUCACUUUUUUAGUUAAAUAGUUUUUUCUGUAUAUUAGCAAAUCUUUUUUUAGAUACAUUUUUGAAGUAAUUUUUUUAGAAAGCAAUUUACAUCAUUAGACAUUUUUUGAAUAAACUGUCAGACUAUGUAAUAGUUGUUCAUUUUAUUUAAAUGUCCUUUUUUUAGUUCUAGAACU